AUGACAGCUAGAUCUACGAUGGAGGAACACCUUGGAGUUGGAUCAGGAAAAGUGCUUUCACCUGUUUUACAUUCUCCUCUGAGCUUCCAUAAGGAGGAAUUUCUCAAGGAGGAUUUCAAUGUGGAUGAAUUCAUAUUGAAGCAUCAAGGGAGGAUAUCUCUGGAGACUUUGAGGGAUGAUUUGGGAAUAUAUCUCAAGCUUCUACGCACAUCCAUGAUAGAACUCAUCAACAAGGACUAUGCUGACUUUGUUAAUUUGAGCAGCAACCUAGUUGGCAUGGAUAAAUCUAUUUCCAAUCUGGAGAAACCUUUGCAGAAUUUUCAUGGGGAAGUACUUGCAGUCAAGCAGAUGAUAGAGGGAACAAUAGAAGCGGUUCAGCAAGAGUUGAAGCUGCGCCAAGAAAAAAGGGAGAGGAAGGCAGAGCUGGAACGACUAAUGCACAUCAUCCAUGGUGUAGAGAAGAUUGAGAAACUCCUCAACAUUGCUGGUGAUGUACAACAAGAAGUUCCUGGAGAUCUUGUUGAACGAGUUGCAUCUGAACUCAACCAGUUGCAUUUCUAUGUUUCAAAAACUGAAGGGAUUUCUGUCAUUCGGGACUUGAAACCUAGAAUUUCCUUGAUUGGGAAUGUCCUACAAGCAAGUCUUGAGCAAGGAUUUCUGGAAAGCCUUGAGAAGAGGGAUGUGAAAUCCUUGGGUCGUUGUUUACGCAUCCAUGCGACCAUUGAUCGCAUUCCACAGUUGGAGUUGUUGUUCCGAUCACGUGUUGUUGAGCCUUACAUGAAAGGAGUAAUAUCAGAAGGUAAUCUGCAUCAAGAACCACAUGGCCUCACUGGAAUGUUUUCCCAAAUCCUUGAGUUCAUACCUACCAAAUGUACCAUUCUUCAUGAAAGUGCCUACAGCAUGCAAAGGUAUAUGGCAAGCAUGGAGUUUCUCUCUACAUUUGAACAAUUAUGUGGAAGCCAAGCAAGUGUGGCUCGGCUUCGCAAUCACCCCAGCUAUGUGAUAUUCAUCAAUAAGUGGAAUCUCCCUGUCUACUUCCAGAUGAGAUUCCAGGAGAUCUCUGGGGCACUUGAAAAGGCUUUGUGUGUGUCGCCUUUAUCUCGAGGGAAUGAUGCUGAAUCAAGCCUUCUUCUCCAUGGCAGCCAAACUCUCUCCAUUUCCCUUUUGCGAUGCUGGGAUGCAGGAGUGUACAUUCCUUCCCUGGUUCACAGGUUCUGGAAACUGAGCCUUCAACUCCUCUCACGCUUCAAUGUUUGGCUGACUGGAAUCUCAAAGAAAGAGAUAAAAUUCAAAGAGGGUUUGAAGGAAGAUGCAGCACAUGGAUCAAUGGCAAUGUCUCGAAGUAUGAGUUCAAGUGUCCUCCUCCAUCAGAAGAGAGAACGGGAAAGUUCCCCUCAGCCUCAUCUCCAUCGCUCAUAUUCAGAAGAAGAGCACAUCACAUUAGAUGAAGUUGUGCCCUUGGUGGCUGACAUUAGAUUCCUUCUGGAACACUUCCUCCCAUUCUUUUUGAAGGAAAUUGUUCUUCCUAAGCUUCGAGACCUUGGUCUAAAGAAUGAGGAUAUCAUUGCCAGAAGUCUAGAUGAAAGCAUGGCAGCAUUAGAGGGUUCUGGAGAGAUGUUGCGAGGGAUCAUUGAAGUCCAGCUGAUCUCACAGAGUGUGGGACAUCUGAGAUUUGUGAGUGAUAUCCCACGCCUCUACCGACGAACAAAUCGAGAAGUCCCUUCCAAGUCGUCCACUUAUGUUACAUCUUCUCUCCGACACCUUCAAGAGUUUUUUGACCAGCAUAAACAAGAAGUGAAUCCGGAGAUCCUCCGAUCAUGGAUCAAACUGGCUCUUCUUGGUAUAUCAAAACAGUAUUUGUCAGCAACAUCAGAAGUGCUUACUUCAGUGCAAAAGAUGGAAGAGAGCCUAAGGAGAUUGAAAAAGGCAAAGGAGAAGGGCAGAGGAGGAGCUGCCAAUGCUAAUGCCCCUCUGGGAAAUGCUCCACUAAGUGAUGAUGAUAAGAUUCGCCUUCAGCUUUGCCUUGAUGUUAAUGCCUUUGCACAAAUGGUGGAAUCCCUUGGAAUCCAGGGUGUAGAACUAGAGGACUUGCAGAGCUUGAUCAAAAUUGUAGAAGAUGCUAAGAGGACAAGUCAUCAGGGUACAUUUAAUGUGCAGGAGACAUUGGUGAUGCCAGAUGUGUUUGAAGAUGAAGAGAAUGAAAAGAAAAGUGCAAAAGAGAAUGCAUUGAUUUGGGUUGAAAGAACUCUCCUUGUCACUCUUUGGGCAACACUUCAAUUUAUUUUCUUCAAACUGGAGUUUGGAGCUGUUUUCUUCAUCUGUUCCAUCUUUUACCUGAUAUGGAGGAACCUGAGGACAAGACCACAGAAGCCUGGAGAACUCAGUGCAUAUUCUGUUUUCAACAAAAAAUGUCAAGCUAUUCAUGGCACUGUCACGGCAGAGCAAUUACAAAGGGAGUUCUUCCUUCCUGGCCUGUGAUAAUGUUUUCUUCUUUGAUCAUUUCACCCCUCACCACCAAUAAACCUGUAAAUUGAGAAAGCAGAGGGGACUUAAUUAAAUCUGAGUUUUUGAUUUAAAUGCCUCCAAUUGAGAUAAUCUGAAGAUCUAUUUUUUUUUUUAACUAAAGUUGUUUUCCAAUUGCCUCUCUUAAUCAUUCAAGAGUAUACUGCUGUCCCAAGUCACCAUUUUGUAUUAUGUAUUAUCAUCAUUGCUUCACUUUCACUUUUCUUUGAAGCCCUGUGAUGUUCUGCCUUUAUGAAGAGUUUUGACUGGGAAAAGAUUAAUAUAUGCUUUUUUAUGCAAUGAA